AUGGCGCAGCAGACCAUCGAGGCCCACCGCCCCGGCGCGGAGAUCUACACGGGCGACGACCUCUGCCGCCAGAAGGCCAUCGACCUCCUCGAGGAACUCAACCUCCCCAGGGGCCUCCUCCCCAUUGAGAACGUCGAGGAGAUCGGCAUCAACCGUCAGACCGGCUUCGUGUGGCUCCGCCAGAAGAAGGCCCUCAACUACACCUUCCGCAAGGCCGGCCGCCUCGUCUCCUACGGCGCCGAGGUCACGGGCUUCGUGGAGGACCGCCGCAUGCGGCGGGUGACGGGGGUGAAGUCCAGGGAGAUGCUCGUCUGGAUCCCGCUGGGAGAGUUCUUUGUGAACCCCAAGGACUCCACCAAGAUCACCUUCAGGACGCCCGCGGGACUCUCGAAGACCUACCCGGCCUCGGCCUUCGAGCUCGAGGAGCAGGGAAACCAGAGAUUAACUGCGUAG